UCUCGUUCUUUUUUUUAUUUUUAUUUUUUCGUGUGGCUACGGAAGCUGAAGCUGUCGAUGCCUUCACCUCUCUCAGGUUCCCGGCCGACGAUCUGAACCUUCUCUCUCCUCUCUCUCUCAUCUCUCUCUUCUGCAACCAAGCAAACAGCCAAGAAAAGCUUUUCUAUUUUUUUUUCUGGACAUUCUCAGAGCUUUUUGGCUUUCUCCUUUUUAUAAUUUUCACUCCCAAAACUCUUGUCAUAUUGUGUACCUGUUUUUUCACGAUUUGAGUCAUCUGAAUCUCUCAUUGUUGUUUGUAUAUGUUUAUGUAUAGAUACACAGACAGUGUCUAUAUAGAUUCAGGAUUUGGAGAUACGGAGGAGUUUGACAGAGUUGUGUAAUUUGUUUAUUAUUAAGUUUCCGAAGCAAAGCUCCCUGAGCACCUUGAGGGCUCGGGUGAUCCGAAAUCAUGGCGUCUGAAGAAGAACUCCAUAGCUGUUUCAAUGAGAAACAGAACCAGGAUUCUGACCUCCAUAGUCGUCUCCACGAGAAAUCGAAUCAGAAGUUUGACUUCCAUAGUUGUUUCAAUAUGCAAACGGACCAGAAUUUUUUCUAUUUGAAGAAAUUCAGACUCUACGAAACUCCCUCGAACUAUUAUAUGAUUGGAAGAGACAAGAGCAGGACGUGUUGGCGAGUAUUGAAAAUCGACAGGUCAGAGCCUACGGAGCUGAACAUUGUUGAAGAUCCUACAACGUAUUCGGAACAGGAAUGCUACGAGCUUCUAAGGCGGAUACAUGAAGGAAACAAGCCAGUGGGCGGACUUAAACUUAUCACAGUUUGUUAUGGAAUCAUUGGCUUUGUGAGAUUUUUGGGACCUUAUUACAUGCUUAUUAUCACUCAAAGAAGGAAGCUCGGAGCAAUUUGUGGCCAUACAAUUUAUGGGAUUUCUAAGAGCAAGAUGAUUCCAGUACCAAAUUCUACUGUGCGGUCAAAGUUGCCUUAUUCUAAGGAUGAGAACAGAUACAAGAAGCUUCUAUGCACAGUGGAUCUCACAAAAGAUUUCUAUUUUAGCUACUCAUACCAUGUCAUGCGUAGUCUUCAAAAGAAUUUGAGAGAUUAUAAGACAGGAGAUUUUGUUUAUGAAACAAUGUUUGUUUGGAAUGAGUUCUUGACUCGUGAAAUCCGAAAUAAUCUCAAGAAUACUUUAUGGACAGUUGCCUUAGUGUAUGGCUUCUUUAAACAGGUUGAUUUAUCUAUAUCUGGUAAGGAGUUCAAGUUUACCCUCAUUGCUAGACGGUCACGGCAUUAUGCAGGCACCAGAUACUUAAAAAGAGGAGUAAACGAGAAGGGUAGAGUAGCAAAUGAUGUUGAGACGGAACAAAUUGUGUCUGAAAAUUCUUCUGAAGGAUGUCCAACGCAAAUAAGUUCUAUUGUACAGAUUCGUGGUUCAAUUCCCCUUUUCUGGUCCCAGGAUUCGUCACCUCUAAUUGUUAGACCUGAUAUUCAACUAUCAAGAAAGGACCAUAAAUACGAGGCGACGAGACUUCAUUUUGAGAAUCUUGUAAACAGAUAUGGAAAUCCAAUAAUUAUUUUGAAUUUGAUUAAGACGCGUGAGAAGAAGCCUAGGGAGACAAUUCUGCGUGCAGAGUUUGCAAAUGCUAUUAGAUUUAUAAAUAGAAGUUUUAAAAAGGAGCGCCACAUUCGCUUCUUGCAGUGGGAUUUACACAAACAUUCUAGAUGCAAAGCAACUAGUGUGUUGGCACAGCUAGAAACGAUAGCUAAAUAUGCAUUAAGCCUAACUGGAAUCUUCUAUUGUCAAGUCGCCCCAAAUUCAAACGCUCCCUGCUUUGAGGAAAAGAGUAGUGUUAACUUCUCUUCAGAGAACCUUUCCAGUCAGAGUGAGAAUGCUGAUAACCAGGAAAUAGAAAUUUGCAAUGGUAGUUGCGUUGUUGAUACUGAUGCUAGUGGAAAUUAUAGUGAAAAAACCUUAAUGUUUCAGAAAGGGGUUCUAAGGACCAACUGUAUUGACUGUUUAGACCGCACAAAUGUUGCGCAAUAUUCCUACGGGCUAGUUGCUCUUGGAAGUCAACUACAUACUUUGGGACUUAUAAACUCUCCAAAAAUUGAUCUCAAUAAUCCUUUGGCCGAUCAACUAAUGAGACUUUAUGAGACCAUGGGUGACAUCCUUGCAUUUCAAUAUGGUGGUUCUGCAGCACACAAUAAGAUAUUUUCUGAAAGAAGAGGCCAAUGGAAGCCAGCAACGCAAUCACAAGAGCUUUUUAGAACUUUUCAACGGUAUUGUAAUAAUACCUACUGGGAUGGUGAAAAACAAAAUGCUAUUAAUGUAUUUCUGGGGCACUUUCAACCUCAACCGGGAAAACCUGCGCUGUGGGAAUUGGGUUCAGACCAGCAUCAUAAUUUUGGGAGGCAUGAUUCUAAUUUUGCUGAAAAGUAUGUUAGGUUGUUUAUUAAAAGAUCACUAUCUGAUGGCAAUAUUCAAAGUGACACGCCUAUGGCAAGCACAGUUGGAUGCAAUCAGCCUUUGUCUGAAAAAGCACAAGGAGUAAAAGGUCUUUCAGACUCCACGCCGGUGAUUCCAACUUGCGAGAAUGAUUUAUCUUAUUGCGGGUAUUUCCCUUCGAUGUCUCGGAAGCAGUUUUUUAGAUUGAUGCAAGAGGAACAGUCUCUUGACCGCCAUCUGAUCUCUUAUGACGAAGAUGAGGAAUGCAACUUAUCAGGUUUUAUGGACUCUGAUUGGCUGUCUACGUCUGGAAAUUCUUGUGAAGAAGAAACAUAUGAAAGGUCUCCCGCCUGCCUUUCAUCAGAAAAUGUUGUGGAUGGACUAAAAAUUGAACUUACUAAACCUGCAAGUAAAACUGGCUCCAGUGUACAGGAAACGGAGCAACCCGAGCUCAGUCGCGACGGCGACUUUGCUGAAUUUUCUGAGAGCUUUGUAAACUGGGUAUGUAAAGGAGGUUUGCUGUUUCGUUGAAAUAACUAAAGGAUUCCUUUGUAACAAUAAUUCCUACAUCAUCCGAUUCAACCCGUCCGAAGGAUAGGGUUCCUGUACAGCAAAUAAAUGGUAAAGGAAUCGAUCAAAAACUCAACCGAAAAGUACUUUCCAGGGUGGAAAUCAGUCUUCAUUUGAUGCGAGAUUCCGUGGGUUCGAUUUGAACUCGUGGAUCCUUCAUUCUUUGUUUAGGAGUACCAGAGUAGAUACAAUGCGUAGAUGACAAUUCUACAAUUCUCUGAGUUGCUCUCUAGUCUCUACUUAACCUCUUCUUCUGGGCCGAAGCUCAGAAGUUUUUGACCUUUGUAAAUAUUCUAUAAAUAGGACCGUGAGAAUUUGGUUCUCUCAAAUAUCUACUUUAGAUUCAUUUUCAUUUUUGUCAUUGUUCCAUGAUUGUUGUGUGGAGAUGGGUUUGUCAUUUAACCAGUUUUCAAUCGUACAAGAAAGAACG